AGUGGCAGUGAUGGAGGCUAAUACGGAAUCAACAGCGAAUUCUCUGCUGGAAGAUGAGUGUUAUUCUGAUUUCCUCCAGGAGGAUUUCGAUGUGAAAACGUACACCGCUCAAGCCAUUCAUCAUGCUGUGAUUGCUGAGCAGCUGGCGAGGCUGGCAGAGGGCAUCAGUCAGCUGGACAAAGAGCUGCACUGCCAGGUAGUAGCCAGACAUGAGGAUCUACUGGCUCAGGCCACAGGGAUCGAGUCUCUAGAAGGUGUAUUACAAAUGAUGCAGACCAGAAUCUCAGCUCUCCAGAGCGCUGUGGACAGGAUACGGACCAAAAUUGUUGACCCUUACAAUAAGAUAGUGGCACGGACAGCUCAGCUCGCCCGCUUACAGGUGGCGUGUGACCUGUUGAGAAGGAUUAUUCGCAUCCUAUACCUGAGCAAAAGACUGCAGGGACAGCUGCAAGGGGGCAGCAGAGAAAUCACUAAAGCUGCCCAGAGCCUCAAUGAACUGGAUUACCUGUCCCAGGGUGUGGAUCUGUCAGGUAUUGAUGUCAUAGAAAAUGACCUGCUUUUUAUAAGUCGAGCUCGUCUGGAGGUGGAAAACCAAGCCAAACGUUUACUGGAACAGGGCAUGGAAAUUCAGAAUCCAUCACAGGUGGGGACAGCCCUACAAGUGUUUUAUAACCUCGGAAAUCUGAGAGAGACCAUAAGAAGUGUGGUAGACGGAUACAGGACAUCGGUGCAAGAGAACGUUGUUAAUGCCUUAGACAUUAAGGUCCUUACUCAGCCUUCCAACACCAGAGGUGCCCCUGGCAGAGCAGUCAUGCCCACUCCUGGAAACACAGCUGCAUUUCGAGCUGCUCUUUGGACGAAUUUGGAGAAACUAAUGGACCAGAUCUGUGCCGCGUGUGGUCAGGUACAGCACCUGCAGAAGGUUCUGACAAAAAAGAGGGAUCCAGUGACUCAUGUUUGCUUCAUUGAUGAGAUCAUCAAGGAUGGGCAGCCUGACAUCUUGCACACCUUCUGGAGUUCAGUCACUCAGACGCUCUCCGAAGAGCUACAGAAAGCCACAGCUGCAUCAACCUUCCUAAAGCAGGCACUGGAAGGAGAGUAUCCCAAGCUCUUAAGGCUUUAUAAUGAGCUGUGGAAACGGCUACAGCAAUACAGUGCGAGCAUACAGGGGGCGCUAGUGAGCAGUGGUGCAGGUCUUGACGUGGAACUGCCAGCAACAGAGCAUGACACUGAAGAUCUGUUCACACACACCAAACCAGACUAUGAUCCAGAGAAGGAUCUAAAGGACUCUCUUCAGCCAUAUGAAGCUGCUUACCUUUCCAAGUCUUUAUCCCGCCUCUUUGACCCCAUCAACCUUGUGUUCCCUCAAGGGGGUCGAAACCCACCCUCUAAUGAUGAACUGGACAGCAUCAUAAAAACAAUAGCCAGUGAGCUGAAUGUUGCAUCAGUGGAUUCCGGCCUCACGAUUGCAGUGGCCAAGAACGCCGCCAAGACGGUGCAGCUCUUCUGCGUCAAGUCGGAGCAGUUGCUGUGUACUCAGGGUGAUGCAAGUCAGGUGAUCGGACCCCUAACGGAGGGUCAGAGGAGAAACAUUGCCGUUGUGAACUCUCUUUUCCGCCUGCAGCAAGCUGUGGCUAAAGUUAUAUCUGGACUGGGCAGCUUUCCUCCAGCAGCAGAACAAUCGCUCACAGCAUCUUUAGAGGCGGUUCAGGUGCUGAUGAGUAGUGCCGUUCAGCCUCUACUGAAUUCUGUUACAGACUCUGUCGAAGCGAUACUUAUUACCAUGCACCAGGAGGAUUUCUCUAGUCCUUUACCUGCGGGUGGCCGUCCGGAUGUGCCAUGCUCUCUGUACAUGCGUGAGCUGCAGGGCUUUAUUGCACGAGUGAUGAAUGACUACUUCCGCCCGUUGCAGUGUUUGGACUUCCUGUAUGACAGUACGGAGAAAAUCGCCCAGCGUGCCAUAACGCUGUUUAUCCGUCAUGCCAGCCUCCUCCGUCCACUCGGAGAGGGUGGGAAGAUGAGGUUGGCGGCGGACUUUGCUCAGAUGGAGUUAGCCGUGGCUCCUCUCUGCAGACGAGUGUCAGAUUUGGGAAAAGCGUACCGUCUGCUGCGCUCUUUCAGGCCGCUGCUGUUUCAAACGAGCGAGCACAUCGCUAGCAGUCAAGCACUGGGAGAUUUGAUUCCCUACAGCACCAUAUUGCAUUUCAUGUUCACUCGCGCCCCGGCUGAACUCAAAUCACCACAUCAGAGAGCGGAGUGGUCAAUCUCUCGCUAUUCUCAAUGGUUGGAUGACCAUCCAUCAGAGAAGGACCGUCUCACUCUUAUUAGAGGGGCACUGGAAGCAUAUGUGCAGUCCGUCCGAUCCAGGCAGGGAAAAGAGUUUGCUCCAGUGUAUCCCAUCAUGCUCCAGCUGCUGCAGAAAGCCACAAGUGCAUCAUAAAACCUGCAAAUAGAGUUGUCUUAUUAAAAUAAUGUUCAUUAUAGUUACAAUACUACACUCAGUCUUUAUAUACAUUAUUAUGACUCUUUUGGUUUGUUUAUACUGGGUUUAAAGGGAUAGUUCACCCAAAAAUGAAAAUUCUGUCAUCAUUUCUUCGAAUAUUCACUAUUUACUGUCCCUCAAGUUCUUAUUAACCUUUAUGACUUCUAUUAAACACAAAAGAAGAGAUUUCGAAGAAUGCUGGAAGCCUGUAAUCAUUGACUUCUAUAGUAUUUGUUUUUCAUACUAAUCAAUGGUUACUGGUUUUCAGCAUUCUUCAAAAUAUCUGACUAAAUGAAGCUCAUGAAGGUUUAUAACAACUUGAGGGAGGCUAAAUAGUGAGUAAAUUUUCAUUUUAGGGUAACUAUCCCUUUAAUAAGACUAACAAAUCUACAUAUAUUCGUAUUUUUUGGGUUUGCUGGGUGCAUCAGAGUGAAUGGUUUGGUGAACACAUGAUGUAAAUGUGUAAAUUAUGAUUAAAUAUUGUCAUGUCAAUCAUAAGUAGCUGAUUCAGGUUGAUUUAAUUGUUAACUAUUUAUCUGUUGGCUUCUGUUUGAAUAUUUUAUACUAAAUUUGCUAGUAGAUAUUCACUACAGAAAUGAAUAUGCUACUUUGCAGGAGGACCAUAGACUGUAAAGAAAGAGGAUGCAUUUAAAGCAAUAGUUCACCUCAAAAACUGAAAUUUACUCACUAUUUACUCACACUUAAGUGUUUUUUUUCUGUUGAACACAAAAUAAGAUACUUUGAAGAAUGCUGAAAACCAGUAACCCUUGACUUCCAUAGUAGGAAGUCCAACAUUUUUCUAAAUAUCUUCAAUUGUGUUCGACAGAAGAAACAAACUCAAACAUUUUGUGAGUAAAAUAAAUGUUCAGUUUUGGGUGAACUAUCCCUUUAAAGAAAGAAAUGUUUAGCAAGAUGAAAUAAAAACUAUACUUUAAUAGAUCACAGAA